GCGGAAGGGAAGUAGGGGGCCGGCGGAGAAAUGUCACCGGCUUGAAGGCAGCCGAUGUUUCUGUGCUGCCUCGGCACUCUAGCUCCGUGCUCACCUCAAGACGGCGGAGUCUCCGGUGGGUCCCUCGCGGUCCUUCCGCCCGUUGGCCCGCGGAGCCCCAGACGGGACGGUGAGACCGGGGCUCCGUGGACGCACAGUGGGCGACGGCCAAGGCGGGGAUGGCGAUCCCAGGGGCUCGCCGCUCCUGCUGAGGGGAACCCAGUGGCCCCGUUAUGAUCAUUAUCUUCAGAUGAAUAGCCUUGGUUGGCUGGAGUGAACAUACAAUAAUGAGUGGUGCAGCUUUGGGACUUGAGAUUGUUUUUGUCUUUUUUCUGGCUUUAUUAAUACUUCAUCGAUAUGGAGACUUUAAGAAACAGCAUAGACUCGUUAUUGUAGCAACACUACUUGCUUGGUAUCUCUGCUUUCUCAUAGUUUUCAUCCUGCCCUUGGAUGUUAGUACGACAAUAUACAACCGAUGCAAACAAGCUGCCAACUCUAGCCCUUCAGAAAAUAACAACAUAACUGGACCUUACUCUACAGGCAUCCCUAUUACAGGAAAACAUCCGUGUUUCAAGCCAUGGAGCUAUAUCCCUGAUGGAAUCAUGCCAAUUUUCUGGCGUGUUGUAUAUUGGACAUCACAAUUUUUAACAUGGAUCCUGUUACCUUUUAUGCAAUCAUAUGCAAGAUCAGGAGGAUUUUCCAUUACUGGAAAGAUCAAAACAGCGCUGAUUGAGAAUGCAAUUUAUUAUGGCACAUAUUUGCUGAUUUUUGGAGCAUUUUUAAUCUAUGUGGCUGUGAAUCCAAAUUUGCACUUAGAAUGGAAUCAGCUUCAGACAAUUGGGAUAGCUGCUGCCAAUACAUGGGGCCUGUUCCUCCUUGUUUUAUUGUUGGGUUAUGGCUUGGUGGAAAUUCCUCGGUCCCAUUGGAAUGGAGCUAAGAGAGGGUACCUUCUCAUGAAAACAUAUUUUAAGGCUGCCAAACUGAUGACUGAGAAAGCAGAUGCUGAAGAGAAUUUGGAGGAUAUAAUGGAGGAGGUUCGCAAAGUGAAUGAAAGCAUAAAGUAUAACCACCCUUUGAGAAAAUGUGUUGAUACGAUAUUAAAAAAGUGUCCUACAGAAUACCAGGAAAAAAUGGGUAGGAACAUGGACGACUAUGAAGACUUUGAUGAAAAACGUAAUACCUACCCGAGUGAGAAAAGUUUGGUUAAACUUCAUAAACAGGUAAUUUAUUCAGUUCAGAGACACCGUCGUACCCAAGUCCAGUGGCGAAUUCUUUUGGAACAAGCAUUUUAUCUUGAAGAUGUGGCAAAAAAUGAAACCAGUGCUACCCGCCAGUUUGUUCAUACUUUUCAACCACAAGAGCCAGAAAACAGAUUUAUCCAGUAUUUCUAUAGCCCAACAGUUGAAUGGUACUGGGAAUGUCUCUUGAGGCCCUGGUUUUACAGGAUACUUGCUAUUGUUUUGGCCAUCUUCUCUGUGAUUGUUGUGUGGUCAGAAUGCACAUUCUUUAGCACUAAACCUGUCUUAUCCCUAUUUGCAGUCUUCAUACAGCUGGCAGAAAGAACAUACAAUUAUAUAUAUAUUGAGAUUGCAUGUUUUCUUUCCAUCUUCUUCUUAAGUAUCUGUGUUUAUUCUACUGUCUUCAGGAUCCGUGUAUUUAACUAUUAUUAUUUAGCAUCACAUCAUCAGACUGAUGCUUACAGUCUUCUCUUUAGUGGCAUGUUAUUUUGUCGUUUGACUCCCCCUUUGUGUCUAAAUUUUUUGGGUUUGACACACAUGGAUUCAACAAUCUCUCACCAGGAUACUCAACCAACUGCUUAUACAUCAAUUAUGGGAUCCAUGAAAGUACUGUCUUUUAUUGCUGACGGAUUCUAUAUUUAUUAUCCUAUGUUGGUUGUUAUUCUCUGUAUUGCUACUUAUUUUAGUUUAGGAACACGUUGUCUGAAUCUGCUAGGUUUCCAACAAUUCAUGGGAGAUAAUGAUAUGACAUCUGACUUAGUUGAUGAAGGAAAAGAAUUAAUUAGACGAGAGAAGAGAAAGAGACAAAGGCAAGAAGAAGGUGAAAAUCGAAGAAGAGAAUGGAAAGAACGUUAUGGAAACAAUCGAGAAGAUUCCACCAGGAAUAGAAAUGUUCAUACUGACCCAAAGGAGUCAAACUACUCAGAAACCAAUACCAACAGACCAGUAUCUAAAUAUACAAGAUCUAAUAAUCGGGCUGAAAGAGAUAGAAUUGAAUUACUCCAAGAUGCAGAACCUCUAGAUUUUAAUGCAGAAACAUUCACUGAUGAUCCUCUUGAAUCUGAAUCAGGAAGGUAUCAGCCUGGUGGAAGGUAUCUGUCAAUGUCUCAAAGAACAAUAUUUGAUGAUGUCUAAAGAUUGAAAAUAUUUAGGUGACAAUUAACUCUUGGAAAUCUGCAUAUCCAAGUAAUUUUUCAUGUCGUAAAGUAUUUGUAACAUUGAUGUACCCUCAGAACUUGUUUUCUAUUCUGGAAGAAGAAAAGUCAAGUUAGGGUAAAAAAAAUUAAUACUGAACUUACAGCUUGUAUAAUAAUUUAUUUCUCAUCAAGUAGUAAAGUACCAUAUUCUCAUGCAUAAGAUGCAACUUUUUAUGUGUUCUCUCAAUGGAUGAUGGGAAUGUCCAUUUAAUUCAUAUUAAAAAUUAGUCCAUGCAAAAACAUUUGUGUGUUUCAGGUUGGUUGAAAUGGAUCUUUUCUUCUGAAGUUAUUUUUAAAAUAAUAAGUAAUCAGUAACCCACCUGUAGUACACUACAGUUCUCUUGUCAUUUGUGGCAUAUAUUUCGUUAUUUAAAAAAGAAGCUAUUUUGUCAGCAUUUUUCAAGGAUAUGGAAUUGAAUGGAGACAUCAAGUAAUGAUUAUAUUCACAGACCUUGUAUCUUAAAAGAUAAGACUUAUCCAUGAUUCACAGAGUAGAAUAAUCCUUCUGCUCUAACUUUAUAUGCAAAUAAAUGGGUUUUGCAUGUAUAAUUAAGAUAUUUCAAUUGACAACAUUAGUAUUUUUUUUAGCAUGUGUGAUAAUCAAAUGGUGUUUCCUUUUUUAAAUCUUUGAUAGUAGCUGGAAAUCUUUGUAUUUUUUUGUAUAGUUUUGAUUUGAUGGAGAUGAGUUUAAAAUUUUCCAAUUCAGUGCUCUUUCGUAUUCUUAAUUAACUCCCAAGUUUUCUGUUCAAGGGAAAGUGUGUGCAUUAAUGGCAAAUAUUUUUGAUAUCCAAAGAACAUGAAAAAAGAGAUCUGAGAUUUUUCAGUGUGCCUGUAUAUACCAGUAAAGCUUUUACAAAAAACACAUGCUUUUUCCAUUCAAAGAAAAAAAAUACUAAUACAGAAGAUGCUAUAGAUUAGUACUAACAUUGUGGUUUAUGAAGUGUGUCAAACCAGAAUAGAUUGUAAGUAGUUAAUUGGCUAAAUAUUCUCAUUUAAAAAUGAUUUGUUUUGGUUUCAUGUUUAAGCCAAAGUUGUGUUAGUUUUUAAAUCACCAUCUUUAUUUUUGCAAAGUGAAUAUGAAUGAGUUGAAAUCCUUGAAAUAUUUUCCGCUUCUUACACAGUUUAGUAAGUUAUAUAUUUCUAGAAAAGUGAAUUUUCCCAAGUCACCAUAUUUCAAAAAAGCUUAAUUUUAAAAAUUAAUAUUACAUAAUUUUAUAAAUUUAACCUAAUGCAAGUACUCAAAGGAUUAUGGCUAACCAUGUUACGUAGUUAUUCUUAGCCAGUUUCUAAAGAAACAGUGAAAUUGAGUACAUUCAAACUAAAUACCAAUGGGAAGGUUUGCCCUACCGCAUUGUAAAGUACGGUUGGUCAAAGAGCAUUAAGCAGGAAAUAAUAAUGCUUUGGUACUGAAUAUAGUGCCACCAUGGAUUUUCCAUGGGCAAGAUGUAACCUCUCAGUGCCUCAGUUUCUUCAUUUAUAUAAUGAAGAUAUUUCUAUCAACCUACCUCACAAGGAUAAUGUGAGGGUAUUAAAUUAAUGUUUAUAAUACUUCAAGUCAAAGAACCGUAGCUGUCCUUUUAUCAUCAUCAUCACCAUUAUAAGCUAUAUCUGAAAGUAUUGGGGAAAAUGUUCUUCAGAAAAUGGACUGUUUCCUUACUCUUGUGUGGAAACUAACAUACCUCUCCUGCAAACACCUAUAGAUAUAAUGGGGGGGUUUUCCCACCUGUGUAAAAAUAACUUAGCUAUUAUCAUUAAUGUUUUUUAUAGUAUGGAUUUACUUUGGAAAUUUUCCCUUAAAUGUAGUGGUAUUUCUUUUCAGGUUUUAUCAUGAACUUCAAAUGGCAGUGUAGACAGGAAAGAAAUCUGAGAAAACCCAUGGUACUAGGUAAUUUGAAGGUUUACAAAUGAAGUAAACUCUGUCUCAAGGAGUUUAUGUUUUAAUAGUAUCUACUUUAGAACAUUAUUAUUAUAGUUAUGCUUUUUACAUGUGGGGCAGAUCUUUGAAAGCAUGACUCACUCAUAGUUCUACCCCCUGUGUUAUAAUGGACUAGAUAAUGACAGUGCCCCAUAGUAACCAGUGGAUUAGGAUACUAAAUUAGUAAUAAUACCUAUGCUAGGAAAUAACAAAUCUGUUGUUUUCUUAAACAGCAUGUAAGUUACUAUGUAUCACUUUGUGAAGGGGGGGAUAGCAUUUUGUUGUUUCUCCCCCACCUCCUCACCCUUCACUACAUUGCAUUUUCUAUAUAAUAUGGUCAAAGGGGCAUCACUAUAAAACCUUAAAGGUAGGAGACAAACUAAGGCAACAUUGAAGUGUUGUGCAGAGAACACUGGACGGGCAGUUGGGAGAACUGGGUUCCAGCCCUAGUCCCAGUUUUGUUUGCUAACUAGCGGUAUGACACUGAGUAAGUCACCUGAAUCAUAAUAAAUACUUGUUUCUGAAGCCUCUGUUUUCAUUAUCUUUAAAACAAAGUAGUAGGACUAGAAAGUCUUUAUUUCCAGUUCUAUGAAGAUGUACUUCUAAUCAUUAAUUGGAAUUCCAUUACUAAAUGAAUACCUCUUCUAAGAUUACUCUUAUACAAAAAGUCACUUAAUAAAUAACAAUGGUUAGAGCUAAACUACGCCUUUCAAGGGUUUCCUUUGACAAAGAAUUUCCCAUUUUAGUUAGGAAAGUUAGAAAAUACAGAGCACAGAACUAAAUACUUAUAGUAAUAAAUAUUUGAAUUAUAUGCAAUUUGAUCUUUUGGUCAAAUUGUCACUACCACAAUCUGAGUUACAUGUGCUAAUUGUGUGCUCAAUUGACUACAAAUGGGAAAAUUGUUUGAUCAUCUUCUUUUAUUGUACCAUAAUGGGAAGUUCUUAAAAAGUUAAUAUAUUGAAGAAAAUAUUUUUAAACCACUCUAAUAAUUCAAACUUACAUUUAAAUAGGUUCUGAUUUUUAUUUGAUUAUAUCUCAAAUUCAGAAAGUAGUUUUUAUAGGAGUAAUAAUUGGCAAAAACUAUUCUUAAGCUUCCCUAUCAGAAUUUAGAGUCUUCAUAAACUUGAAUCCCUAAAUCCUACUUAAAUGAUAAUCAUGGUAGUCGAUUUAAUUUUGUUUAACCUCAAAAGUUAAGAAGUGAUUCUCUCCCCCCCCCCCCCAAUGAGGGUUGAAUGACUUGCCCAGGGUCACACAGCUAGUAAGUAUCAAGUGUCUGAGGCCAGAUUUGAACUUAGGUCCUCCUGAAUUCAGGGCUGGUGUUUUAUCCACUGCACCACCUAAUUGCCCCAGAAAUGAUUGGUUUUCUAAGGCUUUCCUUGCAACAUAAUUUUUUAAAACAGUACUUCCAGUAUUUUAAAAAAUAUAUAUAUUUAUACAAUCUUUGUCCUGCUUAUUUAGGGAUGGUUGUUUUAGAAAUUGUGAACAAAAAUGCUGGGCUUAAAAAUAAUGAAAAUGACUGGUAAUAUUUGGGUGAUAAUAUUGAGUCUUUUAAUUACAGUAAUAAUGCUUUCUAAUGAAAUUCUCUUCUUAAACAGAAACUUCAUUAAGCAAAAGUAUCUGUGAUUUAGAAGAACACAUUUCAGGGCCACUGGUCACUCUUCCCUUCUUCACUGUCCCUCAGAAUGAACAAUAGUUCUGCCUCUAUUCAAUCUAUCUCUGGCCAGUUGACAGACUAUAAUGCACCAAAGAUGUUCUCUUGAUGGGGCAGUGUGAGUUCUGGGAAAGUAGCCCUCUCCUCAGAAGUGUCUGGGUGCUGAGCUGUCCUUACCUGGUUAUUCCACUGUCCCCAGGGAGCCAGUGCUGAGCAGGCUUGAACUUUCCCCCAGCUCAUCCCAUGCUCAGAAAGCUUUGUUCCCAGAGAAUUGGUUAAUUUCGAUAUCCGUAUGAUUUUCAUUUUAUUUUCAGGACAUGUUUAGUUUAUUAAUAAAAAGGGAAAAUAAAGGAACAUUGCUGUGUUUUAUCUCUCAUUCUAAAAGAACACGUUUUAUUUUCAGUAAAAUUCUUAGGCUAAAUAGCUAAUAUUUAUCUUUGAAAUUCUCUUUUAUGCAAUGACUCGAUAAAGUGGAACUUGAUGGUAUUUUUUUGUGUGGUUAGAAGUGCUUAACUUUUACAGGACUGACAUGCAGUGGAAAACAGGAAGUUAUUGUGCAGCACGAGUUAAUUGCAGUAUUGUUAUCACUAUGACCACCUAAAGUGCUGUAUUUAUCAGUAUGACACUCUAGCCAAUGUCUUUGACAUUUAACAUAUUAGGUUUUAGGUUUUUAUGAUGAUUGUUUCUCAGUAAAACAAUGGAUUUGCUUCUGACCACAUUGAAAAUUAUAAUCGAUUUUUCUGGUUUUUAAAGUACAAGCAAAAUGCUGCACAUUGGAAGGCUGGGGGAAGAGAGUUGCCUUUGAAUUUGCUGCAGUCAGAUUUACACUUAUAAAGUAUAUAAUGACAAAAGUGCUCUCACGCUGAUGCUCUUAUUCCUUAUUUAAUUUUUCUAUUCCAUUUCUGUAAAUAACAGUGUUUUGUUGCUUUCAAAUCAUAUUUUGAAAUCAUUUGACUCCUUCCCUACAGCAUUGUUCUGCCAUUGUUAAUUCCAUCACUAGCCUAAUUAAUUAUAUUAAAUUAAAACACUCGGGCAGCUAGGUGGCACAGUGGUUAAAGCACUGAGCCUGGUUUGAGGAGGGAGGACCUGAGUUCAAAUUCGGCCUCAGACACUUGACAUUUAUUAGCUGUGUGAUCUUGGGCAAGUCCCUUAACCCUCAUUGCCCCAACCCUCCCCCCCCCAAAAAAAUGUAAAACACUCUGCCAUUUCUACAGUCCCUUUUAGGUUUACCAAAACAUUUGGGGAAUCUAAUGUGUUGAAUGAACUAUGUUGGCAUUCCUUUUUCCAUUUUAAGUCAAUCAUAUGAAAAUCAAAUAUUAGUUUAUUCCUUCUAGUUUGUAAAUUAACAGAUGUCUCUAAGCACAUAAUUUGUCAGUGGGCUAGCUGUGAUUUGUGUGCAUAAUGCCAAUGAUAUCUUCAGUCAGCUAUUAAUUACUACCUGAAAUUCAGUGACAGACUUUCUCCCACCUGAUACUCCUUUUAUUUGACUAGUUUCAUAUGAUCUGAAAAUCUGUUAGUUGGAAGUUUUAACUACUUGUGCAAUUUCUGUGCUGUAAAACUUUAGUGUAAAUUAAAUUAUGUAUUUGGAAAAGGCUGUAGAAGUGCUGUUAGCAGACUAGCAAUCUUUUGCCUUAUUUCUGUAUGAUAGCCUUUCAUUUUGGUUAUGACAUACAAUAAAAUCAUUUUUUUUCUGUACAAUGUUAAAUUAUUGGUGAUGUAAUGAUUUUUUCAAAAGAAUGUGUAUUUGAUCAACUGUUAAAAUAUAGGCAAUUGUAGAUUUGCACGAAAUAAAAUCCAUUUCUAAAAUUA